AUGUAUCGAAAAAAGCCACAGGACGAAUGGGGUCUCAUAAUCCAACAGCAAGUUGAGUUUAAUAAAAAGCGUGAAGAGGAAGAAAAAGAGCGUAUUCAACAAGAAAAAGACAAUUACCGCCGUGACCUAGAAUAUCAAAACUAUCUUACUCCCAGAUAAGAAUAAAAUGAUAUUAACAGCAAAAUUUAUUGUGAAAAAUUUAAAAUUAUUUUCCUAUAUAAAUGCGAAAGAAUUAAAUAUCUUAUAUAUUUAUAUCUAAUUCGCAGCAAAAUUGUUUAUAAUUGUAAAAUAUUCUUUUAUGACCAGAAGAAAUUAGAGAAUUGGCCAAAGAACAGCAACGAAAGCAGCGAGAAUUUGAAGCUCAAACAGUCGAAGCACAAAUAAAAGCCUUCAAAGAGAACGAAGAAAAGCGAAAAAUCGAAGAAUCCCAGCAAAAAAAAUCUUUACAUGAAACCUACGAUCAGCACUAUCAAUACAAAAAACAGAUGCACGAUAACGAGCGCAUCGCCAAACUCGAGCAAGAACAAAUGCACCUUGCCAGAGUAAAGGCACAAAUGGCUGCAGAUGAGCUAAAAAGAAAAGAAGCAGUUGAAAAAGCUUUAAGAGACGAAGAAGAAGUCCUUAGAGUAAGAAGGUACCAAGAAGAAUUACAAAAGCAAAUGAAAGAAAAUGAAAAACUGUAUGACAUUGAGCUGGCUAGAGCAAGAAAAGAAGCUGAAGAGCAAAAAGAAAGACAAUAUAGAGAAUACUAUAACAAAAUUGCUGAAAAACAAGCAGUCCAGCAACACCAAUAUGAAAAGCUUGUUGCAAAAACUGAUUUGUAUAGAAAAAACAGAGUCAAUGAAUGAAUUGACCAAGGAUAUCAGUUUAAUAUUAAGUCGCAAGCAGAAAGAGAAGAAUAUGAAAAACAAGUCCGCCUGCAGGCUAAGAAUAACAUGAGCGAAAUGCUGCAGAAGCAGCUUGAACUAAAAGAGCUAGAAAAACAACAAAGAAAAGAAGAAAUUAAAAGGCAAGCUGAAAUAACACAAAGGCAGCUAGAAGAAUUCAAGAGAGCAGAAAUGGAAAAAGCUAAUCAGAGAAAGUUCCAGCAGCAAAACUACAGAAACUUUUUAUACCAUUUAUAGAAGAAUAUACCAAAAAUUAUAGGAUUAAUAAAAAUAUUAUUUGGCCGCAUUCUUGAGAAAGCAGUAUAAAUGUCCAAGCUAAUUCAGCAAAUGACAUUAGAGAUAGUGUGUUCAAACUGUCAGAUGUAGAAAAGAAAUUAAACAGGGUCGCACUGCAAGGAUAUGAGGACACACCAAAAUCACAACUACAAAGAAAUGCCACAAAUAUGCUGAGGUCAAGCAGUCAGAAUUCUCUUCAAAAUAACGAUUUCACCAAAAGAUACGUAGAAAACCUGAUGAGUCCAAAAAUAGGGACUGAAAACAGUUCUCCCAAGCUCAGAAAUAACUCUAUGUCAAGCUUAGAUCCAGCGAUGAAAGCUGCUGGAAAGCCUACAAGGCUCCCAUACAUUGAUCAAAAACUGGAAAGUAAUUUUCUGAAAAUUUAA